AUGAACCUUUCCUCAGUAUCUGGAAUAGUGCCAAAACCCCAAAAUGUAAGAAUUACUUCAGUUAAUCUUCGUAGCAUUUUACAGUGGGACGCACCUAAGUUUCACAAAGGGAAUAUAUGUUACACUGUCCAAUCUAAGAGCAUCAAUUUCCCUGGAAACACAUACGAAAAUAUGAGCACAAACUUGAGACUCACAGAGUGUGAUGUCUCUUCUCUGUCUGCUUACGGAGACUACAUCGUACAGGUCAGAGCGGAGUCAGAAAAUAACCAUUCAGACUGGGUGACCGUCAGAUUUAAACCAAUGGAUGACACAGUCAUUGGGCCACCUGAUGUAAAAGUGAAGUCUGAGUCUGGGUCCCUGCAUGUGGAUUUCAUAGGCCCUUUUGCUGAACAUGAACGUGACAAGUGGCCUCUAAAGCAAUAUUACGGCUCGUGGAAGUACAGAAUACUGUACCGGAAGAAAGGCAGCAAUACAAAGGUAACUCACAUAGAUACUAAACAUAACUCUGAAAUAUUAUCUCAGUUGGAGCCGUGGACCACAUAUUGUAUUCAAGUGCAAGCAGUUAUCCCCGAGUGGAACAAAACAGGGGAACUGAGCGGCGAGCUUUGUGAGCAGACAACCCACAACGGUGUAACUCCUGUGUGGGUAAUUGUGACCAUCCUCAUAGGAUCAAUGUUGGUUGUUGUAAUAUCCGUUCCUGUUUGUUUCUUUUCCUUUUUGUAUCUAUAUCGACUCACCAAACAUGUUUUCUGCCCUUCAUAUAUUUUCCCACAACACUUGAAAGAGUUUUUGAGCAAGCCUCCCAGUGGUUCGCAGUUUUUUUCUCCACUCCCACAAGAAGAACAUCUCUUUUAUGACAAGCUAACUGUCAUUUCAGAAGAAUCCAGAAAUCAAAGUGAUGAGACAGGGGAUGAGGCCAGCAAGACCACAGAGCACCUUCAGGACUCUGAACAAGAUUCUGAUUAAAGAAUACUACCAGCUUCAGAAAAGGCCUAAAUGCACUCCUCAUGCUUCACUC